UCCAAUUAAGAUAUGACACGUGUUUAACUUAUAUUUAUUGCUAAACCAUAGUAAAUUAAUAUACAUACCUUAACCAUGACAAAAUAGUAUGAUCUGGUGUAGACACCGAAUGAGAAAAGUUUUUAUUUUCCAACCUAAAUGCUAAUAUCCAAACAUACCUUUUUAUAGAAAACUCCAUACCAAGAGUACCUUGCAACAUAUGGAAAUCCUUUUAUUUUCUUUCCAUUGUUCCCUUCCCAAUGUAGUAAUACUUUCCAUCCUCAAGAAUCCAACAUGACUAUAUAUAACACAUGACUCCUGACUCCUUCCUCCAUUACCAAUUACCCCAUUUUUAGAGAUUGAGAGGAACGGAAAAGAGGGGAAAAUGGGGAGAGGAAAAGUUGAGAUCAAGAGAAUUGAGAACACAAAUAGUAGGCAAGUUACAUUUUCAAAGAGAAGGCACGGAUUGUUUAAGAAAGCCAAUGAAUUGGCUAUCCUCUGUGAUGCAGAGGUUGGAGUUAUUGUGUUCUCCAACAACGGCAAGCAAUAUGAAUUUGCUAGUAACAGCAUGGAACACACAUUGGCAAGGUACAAUGGGGCUCCAGAAUCAAUCGAAAAUGGUGCAGCAGCGCUUGAAGUGAAUGCUUUCAGAGUUGAAAUUGCAAUGCUACGUCAGUUGCAACGUCGAUUGAUGGGGGAGGAACUUAAAGGCUUGAACUUCAAAGAGUUGCAGCACUUAGAACAUCAAUUGAGUGAAGCCAUUUUAGCUGUGAAGGACAGAAAGGAACAAGAACUGAUGCAAAAACUUAAAAAAUCACUGCUGCAGGCGGAAAAGGUUAUGCUUGAAAAUGAAGCCCUGCGUGAACAAAUUGACGAACUAAAACGCAGCUCCGCUUUGAAGAAGAAUUCAGUUGGCGAUCCUGAUUCAGACGCUUGCGCUUAGGCUGCCAGUUGAUACAAGUCAGGGAAUGAUAAUACCAAAAGCGAAAAUCACUUCCAAUGAUGCUCAAAAUCCAGUGGUUUUGGAGUGAUAUAUUUUCUUGCAUAAGACAUUUCGUUAUCAGAUUUUGAAAUCGAGACUCUUUAAUUUUUACAUUAUAUUAAUGUUUGCUUAGCUUAGAUUUAGCUAACUUUUUAUCAAGUCAAACGAUGAUUU